AUGGCCCCCUCAGCGGUCCCAGUUGAUGUCUUCCCUACCGCGCAUGACGAGGCAGAAGUGUUGCGCCCUCUGAAGAGGACCAAGACCGAGUUGACUCAUUCCAUAACGGAGUCACAGCUGGGUGAAGACGGCCCUGACGCUAUCCCGCCGCAUCCUUUAGGCGUCAAGCCUCUAGGAAAUGCUUACACGACAAGGAGAAGUCUGAAGGCGUCUGCGGGAUCCUUCAAGAGGCUGCCGGAUGAGCUGCUUGUUCACUUUCUUGAAUACCUUGAGGCCGUAGAUCUCUUGAAGCUAGGAGGCACGUGCAAGGCUCUUUACGCCUUUACGAGAUUCGAGGAUCUGUGGAAGACGUUGUUUGUAGAAUCACCACCUCAAGACUUCACAUGGCGAGGGACAUGGCGCUCAACGUACCUCUGUCUUCCUUUAGACCUCGAGUCCCGUAUAUCCUGCGUCGACCUUUUCUCCGACGUCCUCCAUCGCCCCUUCUACUGCGCCCACGUACCCCUCCGAUCCUACGCCACCAACAUCCCUCCCCAAAACGCCAUUCCCCGCCUACCUGAUCUGACCGUCGAAGAGUUCUCCGCCGACUGGACAAACACCCCCUUCAUCCUGACCUCCCCCGUCAAAAGCUGGCCCAUUUAUGGCACCUGGACCACCACCUCCCUCCUCCAGACCUAUGCCAGCACCCUCUUCCGCGCCGAAGCCGUAGACUGGCCUCUCGCAACCUAUAUAUCCUACAUGCGCAACAACACCGACGAAUCCCCCCUCUACCUUUUCGACCGGUCCUUCGCCGCGAAAAUGUCCCUGAGCAUCGGCCCCGACGCCCCAGACGCGUCCUACUGGCCCCCCUCUUGUUUCGGCGCCGAUCUUUUCAGCGUUCUAGGCGACCAGCGCCCAGACAGCCGCUGGCUCAUCAUCGGGCCCGCACGCAGCGGCAGCACAUUCCACAAAGACCCCAACGCGACAAGCGCCUGGAAUGCCGUGCUCACCGGCGCCAAAUAUUGGCUCAUGUUCCCGCCCUCCGUCGACGUGCCAGGCGUCUUCGUCUCCGCGGACGGCGGCGAGGUGACUAGCCCGCUCAGCAUCGCAGAGUACCUGCUCUCCUUCCACGCCUUGGCGCGGCGCACGCCGGGCUGUCGGGAGGGGGUGUGCUGGGCGGGCGAGGUGCUGCAUGUGCCGAGUGGGUGGUUUCAUCUUGUGUUGAAUCUCGAGGAGAGUAUUGCGCUAACGGGGAAUUUUGUGCCGAGGGCGAGGGUUGCGGAUGCCUUGGGGUUUUUGAGGGAUCAGGGGGCGAAUGUUAGUGGAUUCAGGGAUGACGUAAAAGAUCCUUAUGGGCUGCUCGUGGAGAAAUUGGGGGAGAAGUAUCCGGCGGUUUUGGACGAGGGGCUGAGAGAGCUGGAGAAGAAGACUAAGGGAAAGAGGGGUAAAUGGGAAGAGCUCGUCAAGGGUGAUGAGGACGGUGAUGCCGAUGACGGAGGGUUCAGCUUUGGGUUUGGUGGAGAUGAGGAGGAAGUAGAGUGA